AUGGUAUUCUCAUAUGGUUUGAGUUUUCUUAUUUUUAUACUAAUAAUAAAGUCUGGUUCAUGUUUAAUUUGUUAUCAAUGUGAUGAAUUAGUGGUAACAGCUACGAAUUUAACAACACCACCACGUUGCAUCAAAAUGGACGUCAACAAAACGUAUUGUACAAUAGAGAUUGAUUUUAAAAAUGAUGGUAAAGGAUACGUAAAUAUUAAUUCAGAAACAUAUCAUCAAGCAUAUGGAUACAAUGAAGAUUUUGUUCUAUUUGGCUUAACAAUAAAAAGUAAUGGGUCAUAUGAAUAUGGUUUUACCUAUCAUUGUUUAACAAACGGUUGUAAUGAACCAAAACUUAGUAAACUUGAAUUAUUAUUGAAUUCAACUAUAAUCGAACAUAAUACAAGCAUAAUUUUACCAUUAUUAUACACAUCAACGCCUGAGAUUCCAUUAACAUGUUCAAGAUACACAAAUUUUACAAAUCCUAAUGAAUGCUAUUCACAAGAACAAUUGAGUACUUUUUGUAUUACAUGUCUUACAUCUAUUAAUGGAAUAACAAAUUCAAUAUGUUCCGAUUGUUUCGACAAUGCUGAAACGAUCUCUGAUCUUCUUCUUGAUGAACGAGCAUAUUUAUUAAAAAAAAGAAAAACAAGUAAUCAUAAUUUUGAAGUACACUGUAAUAUUCCAGAAUGUAAUAGAAUGGAUAAAAUUGAACAACUUCGAAAAUUAUAUCGUUAUGAUUUCGAUUACAAUAAAUUCCUGAGUCAAUCCGUAUCGACUUCGGCAUUCUGCAAAAAGACUAUGAUUUUUUUUAAUGUAAUUAUUUUAUUCAUUUGGAAUAUAUUAUAA